GCUCCAGGAGUGCUGUUUCGGCCUGUUCCGCGGCCGCUCGGUCAUUUUCGCCUCUUUGUUGUACUGAUAGUGGAUUUAACUCGGAUUCAACCCAAUAUCCAGCGGACCGUGCUGCUCCCAAACAGGCUCCAAUGAGAGGCUCUCCAUGAUGAGGAGCUAACACUGUCGGCCGCACAACCGCAGGAAGAGACGUGGCUGCUGCACCAUCCACAGUCGACGCAUGGCGGUAUUAGGGCAGAACCCCGACAUGCUGACGAGGAAGAUAAAGCUGUGUCAUAUCAACGCCCACAUCACAUGUCGUCUGUGUGAUGGCUACCUGAUCGACGCCACCACUGUCACCGAGUGCUUACACACCUUCUGUAGAAGCUGCCUAGUGAAGUAUCUGGAGGAAAACAACACAUGCCCCACAUGUAGGAUUGUUAUUCAUCAGAGCCACCCACUGCAGUACAUCGGCCAUGACAGAACAAUGCAAGACAUUGUCUACAAGUUGGUACCGGGACUUCAAGAGGCGGAGAUAAAGAAGCAGCGGGAGUUCUAUCAGAAAUUGGGGAUGGAGGUGCCUGGAGACAUUAAAGGAGAGCUUUGCAACAUGAAGACUCAUCUAGAUCAACGCAAUGGCGAUACAAAAUCUGAGGAGACGGCCAAUAAGGAGGCAGGAGAGGAGAAACCAGAAGAGGACAACGACUAUCACCGAAGCGACGAGCAGGUCAGCAUCUGCUUGGAGUGCAACAGCAGUAAGCUCCGAGGUCUGAAGCGCAAGUGGAUCCGCUGUUCAGCACAAGCCACAGUCCUCCACCUCAAGAAGUUCAUCGCCAAAAAGCUUAACCUGACGUCAUUUAACGAGCUGGACAUUUUAUGCAACGAGGAAAUUUUGGGAAAGGACCACACUUUGAAAUUUGUUGUUGUGACAAGAUGGAGAUUUAAGAAAUCCCCCCUCCUGCUCCAUUACAGACCCAAGAUGGAUCUGCUGUAGCUAAAACGGACACAACGGUUGUUUUGGUUUUUUUGGCCCAGUGGCUGCAGACUGUGCCGAAACCUUUUUUUUUUUUUUUUUUUAUUUAUGCAAAGACGAUCAACCAACACCAAGCAAACACCCCCGGCGGUAAAAGUCAACACAAGCCAGCAAAUUGGGAUCUAAAGGGGCAGGGUGGGGGGGGGCAACUACA